AAGGUUUCACAAACAUCAAGGAGAAAUGUUUGCUUAAAACAAAAGUAACUUGAUAAAUGCACACGUCGCUCUUCUCCCUCCCCCUGAGCAUCCCGUGGUUUCCGCCUUUAUGGUUUGCUUCUGCUCCCCUCCCCCCAGCAGCUGCUGUCACUUCUCCUCCUUCCAUCCCAUGCCUCCUCCUCCUUCCAGAAGAUAACUCUCCCUCCAGUGGGCAUCCUUCCCCGCCCAAGGCCCAGCCCCUCCCGGGUGGCUGCGAGCGAGCUCUCCGCUGCUGCCGCUGCUGACUCUGCGGGGCGGAGCGGAGCGCAGUGCCCAGGUCUGGCGGGUCAGGUGGUUGGGUGACGCCCCGGGAAGGCGCUCUCCAGGAGGUGCGGGCCUCCAGGGAAGGGUGGGUGGGUGGGUACUUUCCGCAGGCGGUGGCGGCUGCUGAAGCACUCUCGGUGGCCCCAGCCCUAGCUUCAGUCCAGGCGGCUGCAGUGCGAUCCGAGCCUUCACUCCGGCGCUGACCAUCACGGGAACCAGGGAGCUGCGAGCGAACAUGGACAGCGGGGAGCCAGGUGUACUGAAAACGGAUCAAAUACCUGAAGAAGGGGAUGAUGCUGUUGCUACAAUCAGUGCUACAGAGACCUUAUCAGAGGAAGAACAGGAAGAACUAAGAAAGGAACUUGCAAAGGUAGAAGAGGAAAUACAGACCCUAUCUCAGGUGUUAGCAGCCAAGGAGAAGCAUCUAGCUGAGAUCAAGAGGAAACUUGGAAUCAAUUCACUACAAGAACUAAGGCAGAACAUUGCCAAAGGCUGGCAAGAUGUGACAGCCACAUCUGCAUAUAAGAAGACUUCAGAAACUUUGUCUCAGGCUGGACAGAAGGCCUCAGCUGCUUUUUCUUCUGUUGGGUCUGUCAUCACCAAAAAGCUUGAAGAUGUAAAAUUGCAGGCCUUUUCACAUUCCUUUAGUAUUCGCUCCAUUCAACAUUCAAUUAGCAUGCCUGCUAUGAGAAACUCACCUACUUUCAAAUCAUUUGAAGAAAAAGUUGAAAACUUAAAGUCUAAAGUUGGGGGAAAUAAGGCUGCUGGAGGUGACUUUGGAGAAGUCUUGAAUUCCACUGCUAAUGCCAGCGCCACAGAAUCUCUGACAGAACAGACACAGGAGACCCAGUGAGAUUGUUGCCUUUGGUUCUGCUACCCACUGCCAGAUGCUGCAAGCAAGACCUAAGUACAUUGAUAGAAUGGCCUUGGCUAUUUCCAACCAAAUGUGUUUUUGUUUCGCUUUAUGUAUUCAUUGGAAAAAAAGUUUGUGGGGUUAACUAUUUUCAAAUUAAAAUGUAGUGGAUGGAUUUAACCUUUGUCGGUUUUUCCCCCUUCUCCGAUCUUCCCUUCUUAGGGAAGCACUAUUUAAAGAGCAAACAAAUUACAUUUUAGGAUGUUUAAGAUCAGCAUUAUGAAAAAUGACUAUUUUUUUCAGGAAAACUCAGUUGAAUGAUCUGAGAAAUUAUAAUUGUUUAGUUUCUCUCCCAGCUAAUGAUUCCUAUGAUAUGCUGAUUUAUUUUAUUUCUGAAAGGUUUAUGUUUCCUUUGUAUUUGUAUUUAUUUUGUUGCCAAACUUGAAUGCCAUCCUUUCCACUCUAUCAAGUAAUUCCUAAUUAUUAGAUGCUUUGGUGUACUUAUUUUUUUCCCCUUUCUGAUAAGGUCUGCCAAUAAAAAAACAACAAAAAAACAAACAAACAAAAAACUCCAAAUGAACUUAUUUUAGAUACUGUAUGUGAUCAAAUUUCCUUAAGCAUUGUGUGCAACUAUGCUGAAUCAUAUAAAUGAGUCAUGUAAUAUUGAUUUUGUAAUUUGUACACAAUAAGGUUAUAAAAUCCUAGGUGAUCUGAGUGUGGGUAGUUAUCUAUAUUUCUAGUUUCCUUUGUACAGAUUUAUUAUCCUUAGUGAAAGAAAAAUUUUCUUGUAUUGGUAAUUAUACCACUUUCUCAAACACCUAUUUCACACUAGAUUAAAAAAUAAUUGGAAGGCAAAUGGAAUAUAGCAGUUAGUAUAUUUCAAAUUUAUAUUCAUUUGAUCCAGAAUAUUGUUUUAACACCUUUUGAAUUCAUAACACUAAUUAUAUUUGAAUGUCAAACUAAAAAAUCUGUGAUUCUUAGAUGUUGGUGGUUAAAAAUGUUAGAGAAACUUUAUUAACUUCAUUUAUUUCCUUCAUUUUGCACCAUUUAAAAUAAAAUGUAAAGCACAAACAAAGUUGCACACACAAUAGUUGCAGCAUGGAUUUUUAUGCCUAUUACUUUUUGAUGAUUCUUUUGAGGAUACAAUGGAUUAAUUCAACUCACCACCUCCACUUAAAUGAUUUUUAGUGCUAGCAUCUUCAAUUGAUUUUGUAACUAUUGCCUCUAACUUCACUUUGAACUGAGUGGUGAGAUUAUUUUGAAGCCUUCAGAUUAUCCAUAAAAAGGCUAAUAAUGUUAAUUCUAAUAACCACUUGUUAAUCAUUUUCAAUCCCUUGUGUUCUGUAAGUUUAUGGCAUAUAGUGUUGGUGUUGUUAUCUAGUUUGUAAUUGUUUUUGUUGUUGAUGCAAAUAUUCAUUUGGAGGCAUGACUUGAUUUAUUGAAGGAUAAAUUCUCUUAUCAAAACCAAAUUUUAAAACUGCCACAAGUGUUGUUUUAAAUAAUAUGCUGCAUCCUAAUAGCUUUGUUAGCACUUUAGAUAUAAUUGAUAAAAUGCUCUAUUACAUGUGAAAUGCUUAAUAAAUUCUCUAUCUCAGCAGCA